AUGAAUGAGUUUAAGAAGACUCUCCAGGAUGAAUUGACAUUAUUCUACAAUGCAAAAACUGAUCUACAUCUUGUGAAGGAGGAAAAUAAGCGUUUAAAAGAUAUUGAAGAUCGUCUUAACCGAACGAAGAAGGAGUUAGAAGAUUCAAAAAUCGCGAACUGCGAAUUUCAACAAAAAAUUGAAGAUUUGGAGGAAGACAAGGCAAUACUUGAUUGUGCAAAAAAAGAUGCCGAAGAGAGAGCUACGAAUCUCUCAAGACAAGUGGUUCGAAUGAAAAUGGAAAUAAGAGAGUUGACCUCAAAUAACGAGAAACUUCAAAUCGGUAAUUAA